AUGGAAGGAACUCCUCCACACGUUCUGUGUUCCACUGAAGUUGAUCCAGACGCUGAAGUUGAGGAGCAAGACGACAACAAGUCAGACUUGAGGAUCGUCCUACUGGGAAAAACUGGAGCUGGGAAAAGCAGCUUAUGCAACACCAUAUUUGGAGAAGAUAUGUUCAAGAUAAACCACACUGCAAACUCUGAAACAAACAAAUGUGAGAAAAAAAUAAAAUCUGUCAAUGAGAGAAGAAUCACUUUGAUCGACACCCCUGGUUUCUUUGACACAAACAGAUCUGAGGAGGAGCUGAAGUCUGAGAUAGCGAGGUGUAUCACAGAGUGCGCUCCUGGGCCUCAUGCUUUUCUCAUUCUGCUUAAAGUGGAGAAAUAUACAGAGCAAGAGCAGGCUGCCAUUGACAAAAUACACAAAUCAUUCUCUGAGGAAGCUUUCAAACAUGCUGUAGUUGUCUUCACUCAUGGUGACCAGCUCCCUGGAGGAAUUAAGAUUGACGAGUUUGUCAGUCAGAAUAAGAAUCUGAGUGAUCUGGUGAAGAAGUGCGGCGGUCGUUGCCACGUCAUUGAUAAUAAAUACUGGAAGAACAACCAAGAGGAAGAAUACAGGAAUAAUAAAGUCCAGGUGACACAGCUGCUCAACACAAUACAAGUAAUGGUGGACAAAGGAGGCUGCUACACCAAUGAGAUGCUACAAGCAGUGGAGAAAAAAAUACAACAAGAGGAGGAGCACAUCAGACAGUCAUCACCAGACAUGCCAGAGACAGAAAUCAGAGAGAAGGCAAAGAUCAAUGUCUCAAAUCUUCUCAAGAAAAUAGUUGGUGUUACCACAGGAGUGCUGUUGGGAGCUUUGCUUGGUGUGCCAGUGAUGGUUUUAUCAGUUAUCGCAGCCUUGAUUGAAAUAGGACCAGUAGCAGUGGAGGCAGCAGUGGCAGCAGGAGGAGGAACUUCAGCAGCUGGAGUUGGAUUAGGUGUAGCUGCAGGAGCUGCUGCAGCAGCAGGAGCAGUAGCAGGAGGUUGUAUUGGAUAUGAUGAAGCUGAUCAAGCAAACUCAGUUGGAGAGGCAGCAGUGAACACAGCUACUGCUGUCUUAGACAAAGCUAAAAAAAUGCUGAAAAGGCAAAAGCAAAGUGAGGAGAAAUCAUCUGUUCUUAAACACAGUUGAAACAAAUGGGCUUCUUCUGGUCUUUUAUUAUGACUACACUUUGAAAACACAAUUCCUAUCUAAAAGACCAUUGGACCCUCAUACUUGAGAAAGUCUUUUACAGUUUUAGAAACCCUUGUUGAUGUUUUAGAAAUCUCUCAUAGAUAUUUGGCUUUGAUGAGAACUAUUUAAACUGCACAGCAAAAAGACGACAGCAGAGGCAGCAACUGUCCAGGAAAUGUAGAAUUCUAACACCUACUAAAUAGACUUUAGCAACAUAUGCAUCCAGGAUCAAAAACAAAGUGAGGAGGAGAAACAAAUGCAGAAAUACAGUAGGUUGCUGCGUCACUUCCUGCUCAAUGUGACAACAUCCUACUGCAGUGCAGUUAUUCUAGACUUCCAUUAGCAAUCUCUCAAGCGUUACUGAUAUAUCUGAAUAUCUGGCACUGACUGGUGUUCUUUGGACUAUCAGCUUUCCUAUUUCUGAAAUGUUUUUUUAAUGAUUUUUUUUAGUGUGCUUUCCCUCUUUAUGUC